AUGGAGGCCAUAUUUGGGCAUUCUAUGUCCACUAGUAGGUAUGCACUUGGUUCUAGUGAGGCCCUUGGGGUCAACCAGACUGAUAGUAUAGCUGCUAAGGUUGAGGGCUCUGCCUUCCACCAUGUCCCUAAGGAGAAGACCAACAUUGAGGUUGGUGAGGGCAGCAAGGCCAUAGAGCAGCUACAUUCUACUGUGGGUGGGAGGAGGAAGAGAGGGAACUUCACUAAGGAUGAGAUGCUCUUGCUGACCAACAUGUCUGAUGUUGUCAAUAAUGUUGCCAAUGCACUUAGGGAGACAGGUGCUGCACAUGUAGAUCCUGACCUCUAUCUUGCAGUCAUGGAGAUGUAG